AUGCCGGUGCAGAGGACGUUCACGCUCAUCCAGCCCAUCCCGGGCGCCGCCGCCGCGCCGCGCACCGCCGCCCAGCCCAUGACGUCCAAGCAGGUCCGCAAGGCCUACAAGGCGGCCACGCGCGCGGCCCCCGUGCCCCGCGCCGAGCGCCUCCGGCAGGAGCGCGCCGAGCAGGACCGCAUCCGCCGCGAGCUGGACCGCGAUCGGGCCGCGGCGCGGGCCAGGGCGGCGCGCGAGAGGAGGCGCGAGACGGCGGUGGGCGAGCGGGAGGCGCGCAGGCGGCAGGGUCUGCCGCUGGCGGAUGUGCGGCCGAGCCAGGAUACUAUUGCCAAGUUUGUGCGCGGGAAUGCGUCCGGGAGGAAGAGGGGUGUUCCUGCUGGGCCGGGGCCGCCGGAUGAUGGCGGCGACGAGCGGGCUGGACGGCGGCGUGCUUCGGGUGCCGCGGCGGCGGAGGGGUCGUUUGAGAUAGACCUGAUUCCCGAGGAGGACGAGCUGGACUUGGAGGCGCUCGAACAGCUCGACACCGCCGUCAACGCCGCCGCCCACGGGCAAAGUCGUGAGCCAGACACGGCACGGAGAGGGUCGUCGUCGUCGAGUCCCGCAGCAUCUGGGCGCAGCCCCCACGGCCGGUCGCGGCCCGCAACACCCUACGAGCUGGACCUCGGGCUCCGAGACUACAUGCCCCGGGACAAGGCGCUGCCGCCGCCGGGGACACAGCACGACGAACCACCCACCGUGCCUCCGCCAGCGUCCCUAGGGUCACGACGGCCCCUGGCUGCCGUCCAGCCGCCCCCAGCCGGUACGCAGGCCAUCCUGUUCAACCCCGACGACUUCUUCCCCUCGUCCUCCCAGCAAGAGCGCGAGCUCCGGGAGGAGAUGGCAGCGACCGUAGAUACCCUCCCGCACCCACCAGAGCCGCCGCCGCCAGACCCAACCACCGCCGUCUCGCCGUCGGCCCCCCGCGCCUCCCCGCGACGCUUCUUCACCGCCUCGGGCGACCAGGAGCUCGUCACCCUAGCCCUGCAGCGCAGCCGACGCAGCGCCGCCCUCGAGGAGAUGCAGCAGCGGGAACGAGGCGCGGCGGCGCAGGCGGCGGCGAUGAGCCGAGCGCGCAAACCCCAGAGUGCCAAAGCGGCCGUCGUCGACGCCGCGAGGUGCCGAGGCGGCCUGCCACGGGCAGAGGAGAAUCUACUCGGGGGGCCCGACAAGGAGAACGUCGCUCCGCGGGCCGACGGCGGUGGCUUCGACGCCCCGGACUCGUCCCCGGAGACCGAGUACGGGGGGGAAUGGAUCGAUGAGAUUGCGGUAGAGCUUAAAAUUUGA